AUGCUCCGCUUCAAGUUCUGGCAAGGCUUGGGCCCCGCUGUCCGCGUUCCCGAUGUGGCCUCGGUCCAGCGGCGAAACAUAAGCCCGAGCAGCAAAAAGUUCGAGCAAGGGUCUAUGCCAGAAUUUCCAGCAGCCAUCGAAGAAAGUCCAGCGCAACCACGAUACCGCCCGCAACAAGCAGCAAUGGCCAAAUCAAAGACCCUCACCAAGAAGGUGCAGCUGCCAGUCGAGGCGCCUCUCACCACCAAAGCCGCAGAUGGCACACCUUACCAGCUGGACCCGGCGCAAGUCGAACGCGCAGCGAAGGCGCUUGUUGCGCACAUGCAGAAGCAUGUCACAGAGAAGCAGGAAGCUGCGCCCGUGAAGAACUUGGCCGAAGAUGAGGAUGAGCCAGAGGCAAAUGACGAGCCCAUCUUCCUCAGUGUCACUACCAAGAAGCAUAUUCACGACACAAGCCGUCUGAAGCCCACCAAGAUUGUUCUUCCACAUCCCAUCAUUGCGGAAAAUGUGCGAAUCUGCAUGUUUACAAAGGACCCUCAGAGAACGUACAAAGAUCUCGUUGCGUCUGAUGCCUUUCCAGCUGCUCUCCGGACCAAGGUGCAGCGUGUGCUUGGCGUAGAGAAGCUGAAGAAGCGAUACAAGUCAUAUGAGCAAAAGCGCGCACUCGCAGCUGAAUACGACCUCUUCCUCGUUGACGACCGCAUCAUCAAGAUCGUCGCCGAAUUUCUUGGGAAAUCCUUCUACGGCACCAAAUCGAAGCGCCCCAUUCCCAUUCGCCUUACCGCAGGCGCAUACAUUGACAAGAGCGCAAGAAAGGAUUCAAAAGAACCAGUCAAUGUCAUUGGAACUGCCCAAGGCAUUGCCAAGGAGAUUGAAACCGCUCUCAAGUCGACAUACCUCAGCUUGAGCGCCUCCGCAAACAGCUCCAUCAAGAUUGGUCUCUUAUCCAUGACUCCCCAACAGGUCACCGAAAACACCACUGCAGUCGUCAAUGCCAUUGUUCCCAAGCACAUUGAACACGGCUGGCGCAAUGUCCGCGGGCUCCACAUCAAGGGUGCCAAAACCAAAGCCCUCCCCAUCUGGCUCGCCGACGAGCUCUGGAUCGACGAGACCCAAGUUCUCGAUGGUCCCCACCAUGCCGCCAUCACUGACAGCGCCAAGAGCGAUUCUGCACAGCGCAAAAGGAAAUGGGAUGAGUGGGAAGAGGAGCUCCUCGAUGAGGAAGAAUUGGCGGCUAAGAAGGCACUCCGUGACGCGAAGAAGUCGAAGAAGUCGAACAAGAAGAGCUCCAUCAGCAAGGAGAAGCGGUCGGCGAUGAAGAAGCAAGUAUUAGAGUCGGUACAGACGCCACUAAUCGCGAGCUGA